AUGGUGAAAAAAGGCUCGGCGUUCGCCAGUCGGAAUCUCCCUUACCUACCCGUUAUGAUAAGAAAAGGGCGUGGAAUCAUCGUCUCAAAUGGGACGCCUUGGAUGGAACAGCGUCGUUUCGCCUUACAUACCCUUCGCAACUUUGGUCUGGGGAGGAACAUCAUUGAAGAGCGGAUUAUGUUUGAUUUGAAUUGC